AUGGUUCUGCUCUUCUUGAUCCUUGCUAUUUGCACUGGACCUGACCUCUUAUUAAUAUCCCAUUUCUUUUCAGAGUCUUCAUCCAAUGUACGACUUAAGGGUAGUCCCCACCACUAUGAAGGAUGGGUGGAGGUGGAGCAGGAAGGUCACUGGGUCACUCUAUGUGACCACUGGGACAUGAAGGAUGUGGCUGUGCUGUGUUGAGAGUUGGGCUGUGGAUCUCCCAAGGGGUUUCUAUAUGCACCAUCAAUAGACAAUGAGCAAAAAGUUCUUAUCCAAGAUGUUAAUUGCUCAGGGAUAGAAGAAUCACUAUCCCAAUGUGAAAGUGAAGAUGCUUUUGAUUGCUUUCACAAAGAGGAGGAUGCAGGAGCCCGUUGUGAGAGUGAGUAUGAAAGUAUCAUAUGGUUAAGUCAGAUAUCCUGCUCAGGACAAGAAGAAAGCCUUCAGGAUUGUCCUUCUGAACUUUGGGGAGAAAAAAGCUGUACCCAUGCUGGCAUGUGGGUAGAAUGUGAAGAUCCCCUUGACUUGAGGCUGGUAGAAGGAGAUGGACACUGUUCUGGGCAACUAGAGGUGCUCCACAAGGGUGUGUGGGAUUCUGUCUGUGAUGAUGGCUGGAGAGAAAAGCAGGAUAAGGUGGUAUGCAAGCAACUAGGCUGUGGGCAGUCUCUCUUUCCAUCCACCAAAAUCCAGAGACUCAUUGGCCCUGGAAUGGGCCAGAUUUGACUUGAUGGUGUUCGUUGCUCAGAGAAGGAGCAGUCCUUAGAGCAGUGCCAGCACAGAUUUUGGGGAACUCACAACUGCAACCAUAAGAAAGAUGUGGCUGUGAUCUCCUCAGGUAACUUGUGGACAGAGUCUAAUGCUGUAGUGUGGGAGACUGGUGUAGAGGGAGCUAAUGGAAAAGGGCUAAAGGGUGGGCCCUGGGAAUUUUUCAGUACCAUAUAA